AUGGCUGUGCGACGUCGAACCCGGGUGGCUCCAAGCCCCUCCCCCGCGCCAGCAGCCUUGAGCAGCCCCGCGGUCAAAGAUGUGACCCCUCGUAAAGAGCUGCCUACUAAGUUCAGCAUCUCCUACGGUGCACCCAUGGCUCAUCUACCUGACCGCUCGAACGUGGUCGCCGCAGGAAACAUGUCGCAGGUUGCUGCUGAGAUCUUCACCAAGGUCAAGGAAGACAGCCGCGCGGCCGAGGAGCGUCGCAAGCAGCGAGAACAGAGGGCUCUCGGUCGGCACGGUGCAACCAUGUCGCCAGUGCCGCAACGAGUUGCCCCGAGCAAGCUCAGUCUCCCUCCUCUCACCGAGAUGGACGUGGAUGGAGCUGGCGUCAGCGACAUCGGAAACAACACUGCCCCCCGGGCAACGAAGGCCGCUAAAAAGCGUGCCCGCGACGAUGCCGAUGCCGAUGCGAAGGCCGAGAGGGAGCGUCAGGAGAGAGACGAGCGCUUGAGACGGGAGCGUCAAAAGGAAGCCGAGGCGGCCAAGGAAAAGGCCGAAAGGGAAGGAGCUGAGCGAGAGAAGGCCGAGAGAGAGCGGCUCGAAAGGGAGCACGCAGAACGGGAGAGGGCCGACAGAGAAAGGGCUGAGCGGGAACGCGUCGAGAGAGAGAGAGCUGAAGCUGCUGCCAGAGCCGUCAUGCCUCCCCCUCCCCUUCCUGCUUCUGUUCGUCAAACCCCUCCCAGGACGAUCGUCACUGAGCGCCCUCAAUCCUCACGCAGCUUUAUCGAGGAAACGAACAUCUUCCGCGAUGCGUCAGUUUCGACACCCGUACCGGCUUCCAAGGCUCAAAAGCAGCCUUUUUUACCGAGGCGACGAACCCCUUCACCGAUAGAACCCCGUUCAUCUCCAUCCCCUCCUCCAUCCCCAGAGCAGGUCGCAUCUUCUGCCCUCACCAGGGAUUCUGGUCUCAAGGAUGUUGUCCAGCCUUUGCGUCUAUCUCCCGGAGAGGCGAUGACGGUUUUCCCCAGCAUUGCCAGGCCAUUCAUCAGGGAACAGCAACAACUGUAUCCCACAUCUGUGCGUGGAUGGCUCAAGACCGUUGCGAUUCUGUUGUUGGUCCUCCCGCUGGCCAUCCGUAUGGCUCACAGCUGGUAUCGGCCUGACCUCUUCAAUGCCACGCUGACACCCCGUUGGUAUGGAUGGAGCAACAUGGGUAAGAAUAUCGGCCAAUUCUUCCCCUCGUCCAUUCUCCAUCCUAUGGGUGUCUUGUCGGAGAGCCAAUACAACGACCUAAGGAGUUAUCUCGAGGAGAGAAUGACGAACACCGAACUUGCUGUCGACAACCUGAAGAAGAUUCUGCCCAAGAUGAUUUCGGUCAAGAAAGAUUGGAGCGGCAGUGUCGUCAUUUCAGACGACUUCUACAAGGCGCUUCGUGAACGGAUCCAGCAAGAUCAAACCAUUCUCACUUUGGACGGCAAGAGUCGCAUCUCCGACAUGCACUGGAAAGCCGUGCAAGACCGCCUUAAGAGCGCCGGUUUGCUCGGUAAGAAGGAGCUCACGACGGCUGACGUUGAAAAGAUCAUCGAGAAAUCAGGUCCCGUGUCUUGGGAAAAAUGGUUGCAAAACAACAAGCGCAAGGUCAAGGACAUCCUUGGCGCCCCCGCUGGCUCCUCGAGCAAGAACGGCGAGACCGUCAUCUCACGCGACGACUUCAUCCGCGAGCUCACCUCCCGAUUUGCCGAGAAUAAAGAGAAGAUCGCCAAGGAGAUGGACUCCCUUCGUAAGGAGCUGCACGGCCUCGUCCAAGAAGUUCGUGCACAAGCAGUAUCUGGCGGCAUGACCAACGACCAAGUCCAGAAGUUGAUCCGACAAAUCGUCCUGCGUGAGAUCGGCUCGCGCCAGCUCAGCGCCGGUCUCAAGGCCAGCGCGGCUUCCUUCCUUUCCCGCCGCAUCAACUACUUCCAUCCGGCUCACGGCGCGUUCCCCGAUCCCGAUCUGUCGUCUCCGGUCUGGACCCAGAAGGUGCCACUUAUGGGCUCAAAGGCAUGGCUCCAAAACUCGCGCAAGAUCCCGCAAUUCAUGGGCGACCGCGUGCAUGCGCUCACGGCGUGGAACGAGCCCGGGCAGUGCUGGUGCGCCGGCAUUGGUCCUAACGGCACCAAGACCCCGACGUUUGCCCAGCUUGCCGUCCGCAUCACCGACUUCAUCAUCCCGCAGUACGUCGUCCUGGAGCACGCCGACCCCCAGUCUCUCCGCGACCCGGACGCCAUGCCCAAGGACGUGGAAGUCUGGGCGCUCUUUGACGAGUACUCUCGCCGCCAGCGCGUGAGCGAGUGGUCGCUGGCACAGUACCCGCGGCUCAACGAGGACGCACGCAUGAAGGCGUGGAACGACAAGUUUAACAACAUGGGCCUGUACAAAAUCGGACAGUUCACAUACACAUACGAGCCCGCCAAUGGCGGCGUGUUCGUGUACGAACUGUCGAACCAGCUCAGUCGCAUUAAGGCUGCGACGGACCUGGUGAUCAUACGGGCUGUCACGAACUAUGGCGCCAAGGAUCAUACAUGCUUCUUUAGGAUUAAGCUGUAUGGUGAUGAGGUAACGGAUCUGGAGCCGGAGAAAAAGAGUAAAUUAUGGCCGUGGUGA